AUGUUGAUCCCUGCUUUGACGCUUGUUGCGUCUCUUGCAACAGUUCUCUAUUCUCUGUACAUCAUCGUUUCUACACACAUUCUCCGCCACCGCAUGAAGAGAGAAUACGGCACUCUUCCACCCAAGAGGCUACCCCAAAAGGAUCCAAUCUUUGGAACUGACAUUGUCCUUCAGAAUCUGGCUGCUGCGAAAAGAUUUGGCUUUCUUGCUCUUCUAAAGAAGCGCCAUGCCGAGCAAGGUCAGACCUUCACUACGAACACAUACCUACGGACCACCAUCAACACUUGCGACCCUAAGUUGAUCCAGACUGUGCUGUCAAAUCAGUUCGAAGACUUUGGGAUGGGCCCUUUAAGAAGAAAGAGUGCAUCCCCUCUUCUUGGCCGAGGCAUCUUCACCACCGACAACGAGAUCUGGGCCCAUCAGAGAGCACUGAUCAGAUCCAGCUUCAUCCGAGCCCAGGUGACAGACUUCAGCAUCUUUGAAACGCACGUCGAUCAGCUCAUACAACUGAUCACCCGGGAAAAUUACAUUGUCGAUUUGCAACAGUUGUUUUUUCGCAUGGUUCUUGAUUCAAACAGCGAGUAUCUUUUUGGAGAAUCGGUUGGUCUCAUGUCAGAUCACGCUUCCGACUCUGCUCACACUUUCCAUCACGCUCUGGAUUACGCUCAACAAGGCACUAUUCUCCGACUUCGUCUCGGCAACUUGAUGUUCGCCCACAGAGAUGCCAAGUUCAGGGAUUCAUGUAAUAUUGUCCACGCGUAUGCCGACAAGUUCGUCAAGCAAGCCCUUGAAUUCCGUGAGCGUGAGACGCUAUACCCUAUGGAAAAGAAAGACGAGUACACUCGCACGAAGUACGUUUUCCUCAACGAGCUGGCCAAAGACACCGACAACCCCAUCAUGUUGCGCGACCAGAUUGUCAACAUGCUGCUCGCCGCCAGAGACACGACAGCAGGACUGCUGGCAUUUGCCUUCUUCUUGCUGGCACGAGACCCCAGAGUUUGGGACAAGCUCAGAGCCGAUAUACUUGACCAUUACACCGAGCCCUUGACCUAUGAUGCUGUUAUGCAGAUGACAUAUCUGCGCUACGUGCUUCAAGAAACUCUUCGUCUUUUCCCUCCCAUUGCCACUAAUAGUCGCAUGGCCAACAAAGACUGCGUAAUUCCGGUGGGCGGUGGUCCCGACGGACGCUCGCCAAUAUUCGUUGCCAAGAACAACGUCGUCACUUACAGUACGUUCGUCAUGCAUCGUCGCCCAGAGCUCUUUGGCCCUGAUGCUGAGGAAUUCAUCCCGGAGCGUUGGGAGGCCCUCCGGCCAGGCUGGGAGUAUCUGCCCUUCAACGGUGGCCCCCGUGUUUGCCCUGGGCAGAAAUUCGCACUCACCGAGUCGUCAUACACCAUUGCAAGGUUGCUGCAUGCCUUCUCCGGGAUUGAAAAUCUGGAUCCGACUGACUGGCGCGAGCAACUCACCUUAUCCCUGACGUUGAACAAUGGGGUAAAGGUGCGACUCCACCCGGAAGCUUAG